GCCUUUUUUUAAUUUUUAUUUCCUUGCUCUUCUUUGUUAUUUAAUUUCUUUCUUUUCUUUUUUUUUUUUUUGGUUUGUGCAGGUCUUGAUAUACCUAACCACCAGUGGCUGUGUAGGGAGUAUAUAGCACUGGCUCCUUCUUUUCUCGCCUUGUCUUCAGCUGCGAAAUAAAGUACGACAGGUCACUCUACUUCAGUGUAGGUGUUUACUGUUCGCAACGAAGAACAGAAGCAAAAGUAAAAAAUAAAAAAUAAAAAAAUACGAAAAGAUGCGCUUCCUCCAUCUACUAUCAAUCCUCGCUGCGACGUCGGCACACGCCAAACCCGUCGAAACACAGGAAGAACUAGACCUGCUAUCAGAUCUCAGCGGAGAGACGAUACAACGCCGAGCCCUGCCAGACUCGCCAUCGGGAGGAUAUGCACCAGUGUCAGAAUCAUGCUCCUCACAACAGCCGACUGUGAGGAGCGCGGAGAGUGGUGUCGGUUCCGAUGAGGCAGCGUGGUUGGUCAACCGCCGCAAGAACACGGUCAAGCCGAUGUCCGACUUCCUGAGCCGGGCCAACAUACAGGAUUUCGACGCAGCCGACUACAUUUCAAAACACCAGGGUAACAUGUCUGAACUGCCAAAUAUUGCCAUUGCCAUCAGUGGAGGUGGUUAUCGAGCCUUGUUGAACGGCGCUGGAUUUAUCAAGGCUGCCGACGACAGGACACCAGGGACAACCGACACAGGCGGCAUUGGUGGUCUUUUGCAAUCUACAACAUAUAUUUCAGGAUUGUCGGGAGGUAGCUGGCUCGUUGGGUCCAUCUUCAAUAACAACUUCUCUACCAUCAGCCAACUACAAGAGAGCGACAAAGUGUGGAAGUUCGACCGUUCAAUCUUGGAGGGCCCAAAGACGAGCAGCAAUUCUGUCAAGAAGAUACUCGACGCGGCCUCCUAUUGGAAGGAUCUUAUCCAAGAAGUUGACGGCAAAUCAAAAGCCGGUUUCACUACUUCAGUCACCGACUACUGGGGCCGGGCUCUUUCGUACCAGCUCAUCGACGGCGAAGAUGGCGGAGACCAGUACUUGUUCUCAUCCAUCGCCCAAACUCCCGACUUCCAGCAGGGAAAUUACCCAUUCCCCAUCAUCGUUGCCGAUGGUCGCAAGCCCGAUUCAGUCAUCGUCUCGCUCAACUCGACAGUGUUUGAGUUCAACCCGUUCGAGAUGGGAACCUGGGAUCCCACCACCUACGGCUUUGCCCCUCUCUCGUACGUUGGAUCCGACUUUGAUAAGGGCGUCGUUCCAUCUACCGGCAAAUGUGUGCGCGGCUUUGACCAGUCGUCUUUUGUCAUGGGUACGAGUUCAUCGCUCUUCAACGCGGUCCUGCUCCGCAUUGAACAAAACAACACGGGCAGCCAGAACCCUUCUAUUCCAGAAUCGGUAGCCAAGCUCCUAAAAUCCAUCGGCCCCAAGCUUCAGGCCGAGAACAGAGAUGUUGCUUCUUGGAAGCCAAACCCCUUUUACGGCUUCCACCCCGAAACGGCCGGCGGCAUCGCGUCGUCCACCGAGUUGUCCCUCGUCGACGGCGGCCUGGACGGACAGAAUAUCCCCCUACAGCCCCUGAUCCAGCCGGCACGCAAGGUCGACGUCAUCUACGCCAUCGAUUCUUCGGCCGAUACCACCAGCAGCUGGCCAAACGGCAGCGCCAUCCACCACACCUAUGAGCGUUCCAAGAGCCAGAUGGGCAACGGGGUGCAGUUCCCCGAAAUCCCCGACGCCAACACCUUCGUCAACCUAGGCCUCAACAACCGCCCGACCUUUUUCGGCUGCAACGUGACGGCAUUCAACGGAUCCCAGGUCCCGCCCCUGGUCGUCUACAUGCCAAACUCGCCCUACUCGGCCUACUCAAACACGACGACCUUUACGAUGAAGUUCGAUCAGAAGCGGCGAGACGCGGUCAUCGCCAACGCCUUUGACGGCGCCACCCUGGGCCUCGGAAGCCUCGACAACGAGUGGCCCGCCUGCGUCGCCUGCGCCGCCCUGCAGCGCAGCAUGAUCCGCACAAAUACCCAGUUCCCGACCCAGUGCCAGUCGUGCUUCAGCCGCUACUGUUACGACGGAAAGACAGACACCACCCCGCGCACCAAGGAAUAUUACAACCCCACACUCAAGCUCACAAACGGAGGAUCCCAGGCCCCAGGUGAGGCGGGAAGCCUGCCAGAGAAGAAGUCCAAUACCAGUAAGUUGCUAAUACCCACGAGCGGCGGCAUGAUUUCAUGUUCACUGGCUGUCAUUGUCAUCAUGUUUGCCAUGCUCUAGUUACGGGUCUCUUUGAAAGAGACCCUGUAUUUUCCUUUCUUUCCUUACUUUUUGUUCAUCGUUUGCUUCGUUUUCCUUUUUCUAACUCUAUUUCCUUUUUUUUCCUUUUUUUUUUUUCUCUCUCUCUUUCUUAGAUCUCGCAACAGUUGGAAAAGUUGUUAGUUUCGUAUCGCGGCUUUUCACAAAAGGGAAACAUUCUCAGUCUUGAAUUGAUUCCGAU